GGAUGACACAAGAAAUAUCCUUAUCUCACAACCAAUACCUCACUUCGCGUUUCAAUAUACAAUCUCCAGUCAUCUACCAAAUAUCUAUUUGUACAAUACCACCAAAGGCCAGCAAGAGUCAGUUUGAGCAAGUAUUGCAGAUCUUACCUUAGACAGCUGACUCAUCGGCCCCGCUACUAUAUCUCUCAAGUGAAGCAUGUUGAUUCACCUCAACUUCUCUGAUGCAAAGAUGGGUUUCCUAUCGCAAAGAGCCAUAGAGGCGGUUGGCGGACUAGAUCUGCCAUGGAGGUUCGCACCGAGGGGGGACUAUGAUGCAGAUCAUAACCCAAAUGGUUUGAUAUCAUUUGGCACAGCUGAGCAUGCCUUGGUAACUGAAGAGUUGAAGGAGUUCACAGACAAGAAUGUAUGAGUCAACUUAUCAAACCCAUAAACCCGAGCAACUCGUAACUCACGCACAUAGGUCACCAUCUCACAUGAUGAUUUCCUCUAUCGAGGUAGCCAUGCAGGGGGUCCUCGCUUCCCCAAAGCCUUAGCGGCCCACCUCAAUGAAUACUUCCAACCGUAUAGCCCUGUAACUCCCGAUAUGAUUCGAUGCGUUGGUGCUGCUACCGCAAUGCACGAUAUUCUUGCAUGGGGAGUCGCGGAUCCCGGCGAUGGCGUACUGACCAGCAGACCUGUAUAUGGCCGGUUCGAGCUUGAUUUCGGUAACAUGUCUCAGGUCAGAGUCGUAUACUCCAACAAUAAGAUAGAAGAAGCGUUCCAAGGGGACAUUGUCGAAAAGUUCGAGGAGGCGUUGUUGCGCUCUCGAAAGGCUGGGGUUAAUGUCAAGAUGGUACUAAUCGUUAAUCCCCAUAACCCCCUUGGACGCUGUUAUCAUAAGUCAACGCUCAUCAAUAUAAUGCAAUUCUGCCAGGAACAUAGACUGCAUCUACUGAGCGAUGAGAUAUACGCCUGCUCCGUUUUCGAUACGGAUGAGCCUGCAGUCCCCUUUACCUCGAUACUUUCAAUUAAUCCGACUGGUCUUAUAGAUCCAGAACUUCUUCAUGUCACUUAUGGUCUUAGCAAAGACUUCGGUGCGGCUGGUCUUCGGCUUGGUGCCAUAAUCACUCGCAGCCAACCUGUCCUCCGGGCCAUCGAAGCGGCCAUGCGAUUCAAUAACCCUUCUGGAGCCAGCUUGGCUAUUGGAAGCGCCUUGCUUGAGGAUCGAGCGUGGUGUCGAGCUUUUAUUGACUCUUCAAGGCUGAAGCUCGCCCAAGCCCAUCGCCAUAUCACGUCCCUGCUCAGCGACAUGGGUAUCAAGUACUUACCCGGCAGCAAUGCAGGGUUCUUUGUCUGGGUAGAUCUAUCCCCAUACCUUCCAUCUGAGUUCGACGGAGAGUUGAAUCAAGAAUUUGCUCUCGCGAAACGGUUGCACAAGGUGGGCGUGUUUCUGCAUCCUCGCGAGGAGCAUUCUAUUGAGCCGGGAUGGUUCCGAAUGGUAUAUUCGCAAGAUCCAAGAACUGUUACCGAGGGGCUCCGGAGAAUCCAUAAAGCGAUAUCUUAGCCUGAAUGGCAGUGGAAAAGGUUAAUCAAAUUUAUGACGGGCAAAUUCAAACAAGUGUCAGAAAUUUCAAAGAUAGAGGUAGAAAACAGCCAGCCAUCAUAAGUACGAAUGUAAGUGGCUGUAGCUUUGAUAUCACGCUGGAAAUCAAACCUCAGUCCGAGUGAUGGUAAUUUGAUAGCUUAUCUUGAUACACUUUGUAUCUGCCACCUACUGGCCAACAGCAUCCUCGAACUUCUUACCAGUCAACAUGAGGAAGGCCUCUCGGUAGCGGUCUGCUGUAGCCUGAACGAUAUCCUGGGGUAGCUCCACGCCCUCCUUGCCCUUGAGUCCUUCCUUAGUGAGCCAGUUGCGGAUGAAUUGCUUGUCAAAGCUGUCCUGGUCGCGGCCAGGCAUGUAGCCGGCUGCUGGCCAGAAUCGAGAAGAGUCAGGGGUCAGAACCUCAUCGACGAGGUAGAUGUUUCCCUCUCCAUCCUUGGCAAAUUCAAACUUGGUGUCAGCCAAGAGAAUGCCUCGCUCUUCGGCAUACUUGGCGGCCUCCUCGUAUAUCUUGAGGGAAAGUUCCUUCACGCGGUCUGCAGUCUCACGAUCACCAACCUCCUUCCAAGCGUCAUCAGGGUGGAUGUUCUCGUCGUGUUCUCCAGCAUCAGCCUUGGUGCUUGGAGUCCAGAGAGGCUGCUUGAACUUUUGGGCUUCUUCCAUACCAGGCUCGACGGGGAUGCCAUGAACGGUUCCCUUCUGCUUGUACUCCUUGAAAGCUGAGCCGGUCAGGUAACCUCGUCUGUUGGACUGUUAGUGCUUAAAUGUCCCUAUAGAGCACGAAACUGAAGACCUGUUUCAUAUUCAAGGGAAGGUUUCGCGUGGUACUUUUGCAAUGGGAAUGGGGGCGUACACAAUUGAUUCGAUCUUGAUGACAGAAAGCUUCUUCACGACCAUCGAACGGUCCUUGAUGGUCUUUGCCUCUUCAGGAGUAACACCCUCGGGAAUAUCGAGACUGAUGAAAUGGGUGCGGAGGCCAGGAAUGCGCUCUGUUAAAACUUGGAACCAGUGAGCCGAGACGAGGGUCAAAAUCUUGCCCUUGUCAGGGAUUGGGUUCUUCAGAACAGCAUCGUACGCAGAGACACGGUCGGAGGCCACAAAGAGAAGGGUGUUCUUGUCUGGCAGCUCGAACAGGUCGCGCACUUUGCCCGAAGCAAUCUUUUGAAAGCUUGGGAGCGAGAUUUCCGUCAAAGCAGACAUUGUGACUAAAUUCGGUGGUUUUGAAUUGAUCAGGUUUGACUUAUCGGAAUAAAGUCAAUUUGUAGGUGACCAGGAUUAGUCACGGUUGUGAUGAUACCUGAAGGGAGGAAGUUGAUGAUGAGGUGAUGAAAGUGUGAGGAGAAAAAUUUAGCCUGUGACUUGGAAAGCUUCUCCACUGAGUCAUAGAGGUAUAUUCCAGUGCGGUUUCGCCAUUGGAGAUAGCUGACCAAAGCUUUUGAUGGGAAAGCACACUUUCCACCUGUGACGCCUUCCUCCUCAUAAAAUAACUGAACAAGAACCGAUCGCACCUAUUGACAGGGGCAACAAGAACGAGUCGCGCACAGUGUUUCACAGUGUCAAACGACACUUUCGGCACGGUCUCACAAGACUCCACUCCCGUAAUGUUAUUGGCUGCGGCUUGCUUUCAGCCAGACUUCAAUAUCAUUCAGUAGAGGAGGGUCAGUA